AUGUCCUCUCAAAUCAAAAUCUCUUCCACCACCCUGGGCCAAAACAACUACAGCCCCAACCCGCCCUCCCAGUCCGCCCUCGACCUCACCAACCGCCUCCUCCAAUCCAACCACGACACCCUGCACAUAUUCUUCCGCAACCUCAACGGCCACAACCAUCUAGUGCACAAUCUCCUCUCCCGGCUCGUCCUCGGCGCAUCCCCAACCCAGCUCCAAACCGCCUACGACGACGACCUCCCCACCCAGCGCGCCAUGCCCCCGCUCGACGAAAAGACCGUCUCCCUCCUCGCCAACAAGACAUACUUCAAAUCCCAGAUAACGAAAAUCGACCAAUACACCAAUUUCCUGCGGUUCUUCGAGAAGGAGAUUGAUUCGCGCGGGUGGAAGGAUGUCGUUAAUGAGUAUGUCUUCUCACGGGAUGAGGUCGCUGAAACCCUUCUCCCGCUUAUGUAUGAUGGCGCGUACCACUCGAUCAUCCAUUUGGGGUUGGGGGUGGAGUUUGAACAGCCGGGUGUUAUUGCUGAGGCGUUGGCUCAGGCUGCGGCGCAUGAUUCGUUUGAUACGGAUUAUUUUUUUCAUACGGCUGAACAGAAGGCUGCUGCUGCUGCUGCUGCUGCAAAAGGAGGGAAAGAAGAGAAUGGUUCGAAUGGGGAGUCGCUUGUUAACCUGCUCGCUGAGAUCCGGUCCACUCCGAAUCUAGUCGAUGCGGGCCGGGUGCAGGGUCUUAUCGGGACGAUGAAGAUGAAGAAGGCUAUUCUUGUGCGGGCAGGCGACCAGAUCACCGACAUUGCGUCGCGGUUUCGGGUUAGCGAGGAGGAUCUGGAGAGGAAGACGGCGGAGGUGUUGAACCUGUGUGCUUAUAUGGCUGGGGCGGCGGCGAAGAAGGACGGGUUUGUCGAGAAGAUCGAUUUCUUCUUCAUGCACUGUGUGACGAGCAGUAUCUUCUUCUCGGUGCUUGCGAGGCAGGACUGGAUUAGUGUGCGGGAUAGAGUCAGGUUGGUGGAGUGGAAGGGCAGGCUGGAUUUGAUGUGGUAUGCUGUUUGUGGGGUGCCGGAGUUGGAUGUUGAUUCUGUGAAGGAGUAUCGGGGGGAGAAGACGGGGGACAUAAGCUGGGAGCAACUGUUUCAGCUGGUCAAUGAGCAGCACGACGAUGGACAUGUGGCAAAGUUCGUGCGGGCAGUGAAGAACGGGGAGGAGGCGUGCAGGAAGUUUGAGGACGACAAGGAUUUCAUGGUGAAGGAGGACAUGUGGCUGCGGAUUGCGAGGAUGGCGUACGAGUCGACGAUCGAGACGACGAUGCAGACGAGAUGGGUUGUGAUGGCUGGGAUGGACACUGCCUGGAGCUGGGUCUCAAGUAGACAUUAG